AUGGCUAGCCAGGACACUACGAUGAAGAAAAUGGAUGCAAAAAUUGAUAAGGUUGCUCAGUCCAACCAAGCAUCCAUUCAUAAUUUAGAGGUGCAAGUAGGUCAGUUGGCUAAAUUCGUUGCAGAAAAAGAUCGAGGUAAGUUUCCUAGUACCACUGAAAUAAACCCAAGGGAAGGAGCUAUGGCUGUCACCCUGAGAAGUGGUAAGAUUUUGAAUGAAGGUUUGAAAGAAAAAGAACCCACGAGUGUUGAAAAGGAGAGUGAUAAAGAAGAAGAGCAAGUGCCUAAAGAGAGUUCUAGUGAUCAAAACCUCACUUCAUCUACAGUAAAACCUUAUGUGCCCCCCAUUCCAUAUCCACAAAGGUUACAAAAGAGCAAUCAGGAUAAUAACUUCAAAAGAUUCUUAGAGGUUUUUAAAAAAUUGCAAAUUAAUAUUCCUUUUGCAGAAGAACUUGCUAAUAUGCCAUCUUAUGCCAAGUACGUGAAGGAAAUUGUGUCUAAUAAAAAGAAACUGGAAGAGUUUGCUACUGUGCAUCUAAAUGACGAGUGUAGUGCUAUUCUACAAAGCAAAUUACCUCCUAAGCUAAUGGAUCCAAGAAGUUUUUCUAUUCCUUUUAUUAUUGGUAAUACUGUCAUUGAUAAAUGCUUAUGUGAUCUAGGUGCCAGUAUUAACCUUAUGCCUUUAACGCUUUUCAAUAAGUUGGAAAUAGCUGAAAUGAAGCCAACAACAAUCUCUCUUCAACUUGCUGAUAGAUCAAUCAAGUACCCGCUUGGAGUAGUGGAGGAUAUCUUGGUAAAAGUUGGUAAAUUUUAUUUUCCUACUGAUUUUCUGAUUCUUGAUAUGGGUAGUGACACAGAUACAUCUCUUAUACUUGGUAGGCCAUUUUUGUUGACAGGAGGAGUAUUAAUUGAUAUGCCUUUAGGAAAAUUGAUUUUUAGAGUAGGUACAAAAAAAGAGGAAUUCUCUAUCUCUAAAGCUGUAAAAUUACCAACUUUUGAUGAAUCAUGUCUUUUUGUUGUUGUUAUUGAGAAACCUUCAGAAGAAGAAUUUGUUAAGCAUUCACCUAGUGAAAUACCACAUCAACUUGAACUUAAACCACCUUCAUUGCGGUUCAAAUACAAAUUUUUGAGUGACAAUGAUACUUUUCAUAUGUUUUCUUAUGCUCAUUUACUUCAUGCAAAAGAAGAGAGAUUGUGGAGAACAUUGACUAAAGCUUGGCAUGAAAAAAAUAAUUUUUGGAGAGAAUUCAAUGUAGGGCAAGAAGUUUUGUUGUCUAAUUCUUAUCUUAAGCUUUUCCUAGAGAAAUUGAAGUCUAGAUGGUUUGGUCCUUUCAUGGUCACUAAAGUUUGUUCGUAUGAGGCCAUAGAGAUUGGAAGAGAUAAAAAGAGACCAUUCAUGGUUGCUUCACCAAAAGGCAGUCCCGGAAGAAAUUGGCAACUAACAGGGAAGUUUCCUAUUUAUUUCAUUUUCUCAUACCUGCUUUUAUAUUUAACAUUGAGGACAAUGUUGAGUUCGAGUGUGGGGAAGGGAAAGUAA